GUUCAGUGGCUCCUGGUCUAUCUCCAGCCCACACAAACACCAUAUACCCCCUGGGCAGGUAUGUAAGAAGCCCCCAGUGACACUGAGGGACCCCCUGGAGCCUGCCUGCUCCACCCUCUCACACCCCCUCAAGGUAGAAAAGCAGCCAGAGCCGCUUGGGCUUCAGGCACGGAGGGAAGCCGUCUGCUCCUAGCCAUGGGGACUUUCAAUCUGUGGACAGACUACCUGGGCCUGGCAAGCCUGGUUGGGGCUCUGCAUGAGGAAGAGGUGCCUGAUGUCAGGCUGGACCCCAAGCCAGAGCCCAAGCCGAGCCUGGAAAGCCAGAGAGCCAGCAAGGAACCCUCAACAGUUCCUGAACGUUUGUGCUCAUUCUGCAAGCACAAUGGGGAGUCCCGUGCCAUCUAUCAGUCCCACGUCCUGAAGGAUGAGGCGGGCCGAGUGCUGUGUCCCAUCCUGAGGGAUUAUGUGUGUCCCCAGUGUGGGGCCACUCAGGAGCACGCCCACACUCGACGCUUCUGCCCACUCACCGGCCAGGGCUACACUUCUGUCUACUGCUACACUACCCGGAACUCUGCAGGCAAAAAGCUGACCCGGCCUGACAAGGCAAAGUCACAGGAUGCUGGCCACCACUCUGGAGGAGAAGCAGCAGCAGGUUCCAAAAGUGGCAGGAAGUCCUCUGGACCUUCACCCUCGGCCUACAGUCCCUCCACUACAGCCUAGGAGCUUGGAGUGGGGAGGACCAUGGGGUACCCUUGCCAAGGGUCUGGACAAGGCAUGCUGGAGACUGGAUCUUGCUUAAGACUCUGAGGCUGGCCACAGUUGUUGGAGAUCGCCAGCCCUUCCCCCACCCUAGUCCUGCUUGUGUUGUUGCAUCAGCACCCAAUAAAUGGUGAGGAGUGGAGCCUA